AUGGCAUCUGGGGUCACCACUGCUAUCCAAGAAGAGUGUAGGUGGAAUACACAUAAUUCCAAGACAUUGAUAGAUUUAUACAGUAAAUAUAGGGAAAAAGUCGGAACAAUGAAAAUUAGAAGUUUAAAACAAAUGUGGGCAAUAAUUUCCGACGAAAUGAGUCAAACAUAUCAAAUGAAAAUAAAUCCGAAUAACUGUGAAAAUCGAUGGCGCGUUUUGGAAAGAAAUUAUAAAAAGUAUGUCGAAAACAAAAAUAGUACAGGACGAGGAAAAAAAUAUUUUGAAUUCAGCGAAGAAAUGGACCAGAUAUUUGCACAUAAAAAAAAUGUCCACCCUGAAAUUUUACUAUGCUCUGAGGAGGUUCAUGAUGUUCUUAAUUUUUCCGAACAAGAUGUUUGUCCAACUCAAGGACCUUCUGGUCCAUCAACCUCAAAAAAGGACACAAAUGAAAACAUUAUUAUUUAUCAAGAAGAAGUUACUAAAAAAAAAAAUUUAAGGAAGAAAAUUAGCACAAUUGAAAAAAUUAGACAAGAUAGAUUAAAUUAUCAACAAAAAAGAUUAGAAAUAGAAAAUGAAAAAUUACAACUACUUAAAAAUAGGAAUGAGCUCAUUAAGGAAAGGAAUAUGAUAUUGCAAUCACAAUGUUGUUGCAAAAAAAACAAUACUACAUAUGACUACUCAAUUGUUGGAUGCGAUAAGACUGCAGUAAUGGAAAGCGAUGAUCACGAUAUUAUUCUUCAGAUGUAA